UAUUCUCGAACAUUUAUUUUACGCAGUUUUACGUUUACAUACUAUCCAGAAGUUUCUAGUAUCGGAAUUUUCUCGUACAGGAAUAAGUUCGUACAGUUUCACACGAGCAGAGUGUUUCCUAUUACUCGAUCUUCCUCUAUUGAUCGUGAGUUUUUUUCUUUAGAAACAGUGUCAGAUCAACUGUUUUCCAAAAUGUCCUUGUUCGGAUCAUUUUUAGGCGAUGAUGAUCCUUUUUUCGGGUCUCAAAUGCGGUCUAUGAGACAGAUGAAUGAUAUGAUGAAUUCAUUGUUCAGUGACCCAUUUGGCAUAAUGGGUCAGAAUGCUAUUACAAAUGGAAGUCAUAACGUUAGGAACCACCACAAUGACCUUCAGAUAAUGCCUUUUGGAUUUCCACCAAUGCCAACAUUUAAUAUGGGUGGAAUUUUUACUGACUUUGAUAAUAUGGCACCUAAUGCAGGUUGUCACUCCUUUACUUCAAGAUCUGUGAUGACAAUGGCCAGUGGUCCUGAUGGUCAUCCACAGGUGUAUCAGGAAACAAUGUCAACUACCACAGCUCCUGGAGGUGUGAAGGAAACAAAGAAAACAGUUUCUGAUUCUCGCACUGGAGUUAAAAAGUUGGCCAUUGGCCAUCAUAUUGGUGAGAGAGCACAUAUUAUGGAACGUGAACACAAUCUUCGUAGUGGUGAACAGGAAGAACGUCAAGAAUUUAUCAAUCUUGAUGAAGAGGAAGCAGAAACUUUCAAUAAUGAAUGGGAAUCUCAUACUCGUCAUGGAGUUGGUGCCAUUGGUAAUUCUCAUUAUGGUGGCCAUGGCCAUAGAAACCGUUCGGACCAUAGACAACUUGCUUUACCUGGACCAUCCGGAAGUCGAUACUCUAAUUCUUCAAGAUGGACACCUUCUCCAAGACGUGGUAUUAAAUCACCACCUACAUCUAAAACUCACACCUCUCCUCAUGCCUUAAGUUCUGAUACAUCAAGUCGUAGCAAACCUGCCACAGCUAAAUCAACGACGGCAACAUCAACAUCAACUGCGAAUGUAACACCAAAUCGAAAACGCGAGCAUACACCGGAUGUCAAAGUCUGCAAUAAACGUCACGCUGUAUCAGAUAGUAAUAUUUAGAUCUUCUACUAAAAUCAUUUAAACUAUAUUCUGGCGAUACUGCAAAUCUUC